AAAGUGAGACGUACGUUACUCAGGUGCUCAGACGUGCUGAUUCAGCUAUAAUCUGGUGCCAGAGAGCUGAGGUACAACCAGAAGUAAACCCCCGAAACAACCUCUGUUAUGAACCACCCGUGACUGUCAGACAUGAACUCCAGUGGAGCUCUGUUCACAAGGCAGAAUCCCUUCCAACCAGCACCCAGAGAGGGGAAGGUCCACUACCACCCAUCCUGCAACCAGUCCCUGUCAAAAAAGAAGAAAAAGACAGCUUUGAGUCCUGUACGUUUAACCCGGCGAUCCAGUCCACAAAUAGACACCCCAAACCCAGCCACCCAGCAGCCAUCUGACAAAUAUAAUCACCGUUUGGCUGCCGAAGACAGGCAACCUGUCUUUUCAGAAUCCUGGCCCUCAACUGACUGUGGGUCUUCUCCUGCUAACACUGCAGCCCCAUCUGACAUGGAGAGACUCAAACACACUGCAAGAGCAGGGACAUCCAAAGUUUCCUCUGAGCUCGGAGUUCAGCAGGAUUCUGUGCUGGCAAAAUACGUAGACCGUUUUCGCCAUGGUCAGCCACAGAGUCGAGAGGAGCGCCAGCAGGAGCAGCUGCCUUUCUGGUGGAAGUCGCCCUCAUCUUUACCUCCCAGUUCAACGCCAACUAAAAGAGCAGAAAAAGAUCAGGUCAUCCAGCCUCUGAGAGAAGAUCAUGUGUCGGACAUUUUCAGUCCAGUUGGACGGCGUCAUCAUAUCAGAACCUCUUCUCCAUGUGAAGGUUCUCUAAGUAUUUUGUCAGACACUUCCCAGGGUGAAUUUGAUGAUUCAGACAUACUUCACAUUCAAGAGAGGGCCGGCAGACUCCUGCUGAGAGGGCAUGAAGACCAGGAAUGCAGUCUGAGUGAUGGAUCUGUCCCUGUCAGCUCAGAGGGCCUUGGCAGCUCAGAUUUCUCUUCUCCGGUCAGGAUAGAUGAGCUGGUGCGAAGACCUUUGAUUCCAGGUUUAAUUACAUCUACCACUGCGAAGAUCAGCUCAUACUCAAAUCAAGCCGUGGGCUCCCAAACAUCCGUCAUUCCCUCUUUGAGGCCCCCCACACGCCCUGAAGAGGACAUCUUGUUCCAGUGGCGUUUAAGGAGAAAGAUGGAGCAGGCCAGGGAGUGGCCUCAGUCCCUGCAGCACUCCAGUCGUCAUGGUACCACGGUUAACUGGCCGGCUUCCAGUUUACGCCAUCCCUCAGCUGGUGAACAUGCGUACAAGCACCAGCAACAUUCUCAACUUCCUAAAUUCUCUCAGAAAGAUUCUCAUCCUCUCAUCACUGCUCCCCUGCCAGAAGCCAAAGAAGCCCUCACAACGUUUCCCACAGCUUCGGGUCCACCUCCCUCCCCUGCGUUUGUUGUCUCUGGCUCUUCUGUGUCUCAACAGCAGACUUUUCCCCAUGUACCCGCCCACAUGCAUCUACUCUGCGAUAUCUUGCCCUGUCCCAUUCAGUCAUCUCAUGCUGGCACACAACAAAACCUUUCACAGAGGACAGAUGAAUUCCACACCAAAGUUGUCAGUAAAAACACCCAAGUCCCUGAUAACCCAACAGAUAACUUCACUGAAGAGCCUGUUCGUGAACGUUUAUCAUUCUUAAAUGCUUCAUCUGGAGAUGAAGAAGAGUUGCCUCUUCACAAUAAAAGUUCUGAGACUAACAAGAAAGCUCAGACAAAAGAGUCAGAGAGGAGAACAGCAGCGACCACCCGAAAGCAAAAGAAAUCAACAAGAUAUGCUGCGGCCAAGGAACAUGCCGAUGUCCCAAGCUCCACAAAGAGGAGUUCUUCACAGCGGAGACUUCCCAAAAAGGUAAUGCCUUUGGUAGAGCUGCAGCAACAGGAGCGAAGCCAGAGGUUUUCCGCUGAGAGCUGCGCUGGUGAACGUGCACCACCACCUUCUCCAGUCCACAGGGCGUUAGGAAAGGUAGUUUCAGAGGUCCUCUUCCCUACGAUGGAUUCAUCCACUGCCCGAGGGUCCCCCGACUCUCCGGCUUCUCCUCCUUUCACCUCUCCUGCACCUCCACGAUCCACAGUUCCUCUGUGCAACACGCAGAACUCUGUUGAGGUCAUUUCACAGCUGCUGCAAGACGCUGAAGAUUCAGAUGAAAAGGAGUUUAAAGACGACACUUUAUUACAAGUCCUUCGGAAACAAAGAAAAUGGGUGAAAGAGCAGAUCAGUGAAGUGGAAUCUAUACUGACGGAAUUCCCGGACGUGCAACAAGUUACAUCAACAUCCUCCAGAGGCACAUGACACAGACACUUUUUUUUAUUUUUAUAAAAGAAAUAAAGUUUAUUUUUGAAUAAAUUCUUUCCACAUUAAA